AUGGAUCCAAACGCUGAAGAUAGACCGCCUACUAUCGAAGUAGUAGAGAUCGAUGUGGAAGCUAAACGUCAGCCUGUCUCUGGAACAGCGGUAAUCGAUGGUGAGAAUAUCCCAUUGCCCAUUCCAGAAGGAGAGGCGCCUCGUGGGUCUCAAGCUAUCACCUCAGAGUCAAUACCAAUUUUUCAACCUCCCAUGGCAAGCUCGAUAUUUCGUACUGCCCUAGGUCAAGAUCCCAUAACUCCCCCACGAUCAACUGGUAAACCUUUCUUACCGAAUGAGCACAAUGAGUCAAACGACGAUCCAGAAAAAAUACGGCAGUUGCACGAAGAAGAAUUCCAGAGACGGUUAAGAGGAGAGUAUGAGCAGGCACAGAGACGUGUAGGAGAAGUAGUAUCAGAGAACAUGAAUCGCCCUUUACGCUUAACCUCUAUUCGACUUUCCCCCAUACCUAAGACCACUCGACCUGGAUUCCUGAACUCGUUAUUAUCUCCGUUCAUCUCCCCACCAUCACCUACCAAACCAUCUUUCUUCAAUCCUGCUCCUCCAACACCUACAAACCUUCAUGAAAUACUAUUGUCCACGAAAAGCUUGGUAGCUUACCUUAACGAAUUUGGGAUAUACGAUAUGGAUAGAGUGGGAAUACGUUUCGAGCCGAAGCGUGGUGGGGACCCAGACGAGGUUGAGAUGGUCCUGGCUCUGAGGGAAAAGGGCAGAUUGUUCUUGAAAGCUGGUACGGAAGUCGGAGGAGGUGAAGGAGGAGGUAACGUCACAGCCAGGAUACGUAAUCUGUUUGGAGGUGCAGAAACAUUGGAAGGAAAUGCAUCAAUAGGUACAAAGACGAAAUCGGCAUAUCAAGUAUCACUCACUACUCCCUUAUUCGCCUCUCCCUUAUUGUCUUUCGCUCUAUCUGGCUUUUCGCUAGAUAGAGACAAUUCCGCUUUUGCAAGUCAUAGAGAGAGGACGCAAGGCGCAAGAGCCAAACUCAGUGCUAUAUUGCCUUGGGGCACUCACGAUUUACAAUACGAAAUGGUCAAUCGAGCUAUAGACCAUCUCACCCCUAACGCUUCUGUCUCAAUAAGAGAACUCGCUAUACCUUCUACGAAAUCUUCAAUAUCUCACACAUGGACAUCCGAUACUCGUGAUGAUCUGUGGACGGGGACGAAAGGGAGACUAUUGAAGUUUACACAUGAAUACGCUGGAUUACCAGGAUCCUCGGAAAAAGCCAAAUUCUUCAAAUCUACUACGAUGUCUCAGCUGAGUAGAGCUUUGUAUCCCGGUUCACAGAUACAUUACUCCAUAUCGUCCCUCACAACCAUGCUUUUCCCCCUCUUCCCCUCGCAUCUCGGAUCGACCUAUCUACCCGAUAGGACCUACCUUGGUGGACCCAACUCCGUAAGAGGAUGGGCAGUAGGAGGUCUAGGAAGACGUGAUGGACCUGACUCCCUUGGUGGAGAUCUCAGUUGGGCAUUGGGUCUGUCGGUCUUUGCUCCGAUACCGAAAAAGGAACAUUGGCCAUUGAAAUUACAUGGGUUUAUCAAUGGUGGGAAAGUAGUGACCUAUGAUAGAGCUCGAUCAUUUGCGGACAAUAUCAGUAAACUUUAUCAAUCCCCCAACCUCUCUGUAGGGGUUGGACUAAUGUACAGAUUGGAACCAAUAAGGAUAGAAUUGAAUUUCUCCAUGCCAUUGAUAGGAAGAAAGGGAGAGAGGACGUCGAGGGGAUUAGGUGUAGGUGUAGGUAUAGAAUUUCUAUAA